AUGAUAAGAGGCUUCAAGCGUGAGAUGUCCACCAUCUUUGAGAUGAGUGAUCUAGGUCUGUUAACCUACUAUCUUGGCAUUGAAGUACAACAACACAAAGGUGGGAUCACGCUUAAGCAGCAUCGAUACGCGACUAAGAUACUUCAAGAAACAGGAAUGCAGGACUGUAAUGCAGUACAUACACCAAUGGAAGCUGGUCUCGUGCUAUCAAAGUCAGAACAUGAGCAAGAAGUCGAUGAAAAGGAGUUUAGAAGAUCUAUCGGUUGUCUUCGGUAUCUGUUACAUACACGUCCUGAUCUCGCUUACAGUGUAGGUUUGUUGAGUCGCUAUAUGCACAAACCGAAGAGUUCACAUGCGGCAGCACUCAAGCAGGUAUUGAGAUAUGUGAGGGGAACUGCAAACUACGGUCUGUCAUUUGAGAGAGGAACAAAGAUGGAGCUGGUUGGCUACAGCGACAGCAGCCAUAACAUCGACGAGGAUGAUGGACGAAGCACAACAGGUCACAUAUUCUACUUGAAUACGUGUCCUAUUACAUAG